CUGACGUUUGGGCCCUCGUGGAGCACAGAUUUGGUCCCCCUGCCCGAAUUCAAGGACAGUCCGAUCAUAUCCAGAAAACACAACCUCAUGUACUGCCCAGUGGGCAAAGUCGCCUCGUCCUUCUUUACCAGACUGGUUCUGGCUAUCGACAACCCCGGACCGUUGACGUCACCAUUGGACAUUCCAAUCGAAGACGCUGGUCGAGCUCGCUGCCAGAAUCUCAAGUCUCUUGGCUCUAAAUCCAACAUGGUCGCCUUCUUACGGCAAUCUACCAAAGUUGUAUUUGGCAGAAAUCCAUUUUCUAGAAUAUACUCAGCCUACAUCGAUAAACUAUUUUCCCCCAACCCAUUCUACUGGACUUAUUGGGGAGAAAAGGCACUAAACUUAACAAGGCACCAAAAGGCGGGAAACCUUGUGCAUCAGACUCUUCAUAAACACGACGUCCAUCUUCGUCAAGUCUAUGACGAGUGCCACAUGUGUGAACUAGUCUAUGACGUUAUAGGGACUUUGGAAACGAUGGCGGAAGAUUUAGAUUAUAUUCUAGGGCAUUUAAACAUUUCAUCAUCAUUUCAACAUGAACCAUCUUAUUCUUUAGCUUCCAAGAUGGACAUUGUAUACGACUCUGUCCAAAGUACAUUUUCUUGGAAGACAGAUAUAGCUCGCUGUAUAUCCUUAGAUCAAAUGGGAAUACGAAUGUGGCGAAAGCUGCAAAUACGAGGUGUGAUAGACAGUUCAAUACGAUAUCCAUUCCGGUCUGGACAAAUUGACAAUUUACAUUCCAGUGAAUUUAUUAAAGCUUGCAAACAAGCGAUCCUGAUACAAGCUUUAGUUGAAGCUUAUAAGACAGUUAGCCGCCAUGACCUCGUUGUUGUUGGAAACAUCUACAAAGAUGACUUCCGCGUGUUUGGAUACAACCCAAAACCCGCAGAUAUUUUUGAGAAACAAAUAAAAAAUACAGGGUC